AUGGUCUCAUUCUCAUUCUUACUCGUUGCUGCCGCUUCCCUGGUUCCAGGAGCACUCGCUGCCCCUGGAGAACAGCUCGAACAUGGAAGUACUACAAGUUCCAGAGACAUUCAAGCUGCGAACUACUUCUCCAAUUGGUCCGAGGGCGGUAGUAAUGUUAGAUGCAAUAGAGGCUCUGGGGGCUCAUAUAGCGUAACUUGGUCUGGCCAAGGUGGCUUUGUGUGCGGGACAGGAUAUAACCCAGGAGGGUCCAGGACGGUCAAAUACAGUGGCUCAUACAAUGCCACUGGUCCCGGUUAUCUCGCUUGGUACGGAUGGACGAGAAAUCCUCUUAUCGAAUACUACAUCAUCGAGUCUUAUGACAUUCUUGCUCCUGGCGAGCCGUGGACCAAGAAGGGGAGCUUUACCUUCGAGGAGGGCACAUAUGAUCUGUACACAAGUACUCGGAACAAUAAGCCAUCCAUCGAAGGCACAAGGACCUUUCAGCAGUACUGGUCUGUCCGCACUGAACAUCGCGUUGGUGGAACUAUUACUACCGGAAGACACUUCACCGAAUGGGCCAAUGUUGGACUUCGAUUAGGGAAUCACGACUAUGCGAUCCUUGCAACAGAAGGAUUUGUGAACGGCACUAAAACGAGCGCGGGAACUGCCAAUAUCAACGUGGAAUAA